UUCCAUCGUGUCAUAUUCCAGGGCGGUGGAAUGCCUCAAAUGGCAUCAAAUCAAUUCCGCAAUUUGGAAGGUCAUCCAAACUCGAGAGUCCAAAGUCGCUCCAAACACGAAACACACCUCCAAUUUCGUCAAUUCGAACAUUCCCUCGUGAGUCCACUUCUAAAAAGCGUCAAUGGCUUCGCAGACACCUCAUCAAUCAACUUCAAUUCAAACACUCCCUAGCUAGGUUACAACCUCGCAAUCAAGGGUAAAUUAGUCAUUUGAUUCCAAAGACGACUUCGCAGGCCUCUACUUCAACUUCAACUUCUCAACGGACGCUCGUCACCUCCGACAAUCUCCGGUAAUAUAUCACUGCCCAAGGACUACAAUCUCUGCAAUUUGGGCGCAAAAGGAGAAGUGAAUUCUAUUGAGGAAAAUUGAGAAAGGGAGCUCACUUCCAUGGCUGCGAGCGCUUCCAGGAAUUUUAUCAGGGAGGCUUUGUACAGGAAAGUGAAUUUCAAAGCUCUUGGUGGAUCCAGACGUUUGAGUUUGGCGGCUGGAACUGCUCCAAAAAUCCCUCAAUCUUCCAAGAAAGGGAGGUUAUUGACUGGGGCUACGAUAGGCCUAUUAAUAGCUGGGGGAGCUUAUGUCAGUACUGCAGAUGAAGCAACUUUCUGUGGUUGGCUAUUUUCAGCUACAAAACUUGUGAACCCAUUCUUUGCCUUUCUGGACCCAGAAGUUUCUCAUCGGCUAGCAGUCUCUGCAGCAGCCCGUGGUUUGGUUCCGAAGGAGAAAAGGCCAGACCCAUCAAUAUUGGGGCUGGAAGUAUGGGGACGGAAAUUUUCAAGUCCAAUUGGUCUUGCGGCUGGUUUUGAUAAGAAUGCUGAGGCUGUUGAAGGAUUAUUGGGUUUAGGCUUUGGGUUUGUGGAGGUGGGCUCAGUAACUCCUGUUCCACAGGAGGGAAAUCCAAAGCCUCGUGUUUUCAGAUUGCCACAGGAGGGUGCUAUCAUAAACCGGUAUGGCUUUAAUAGUGAAGGAAUUGUGGCUGUUGCAAAACGAUUGGGUGCCCAGCAUGGUAAGAGAAAGUUGGCUGAAAUAUCAAGCACUUCGAUCCCCUCCCAUGAUGAGGCCCAACAUGGAGGAGGAAAGGCCGGCCCUGGAAUUCUUGGGGUUAAUCUUGGCAAGAAUAAGACAAGUGAAGAUGCUGCUGCUGACUAUGUUCAAGGGGUUCAUACUUUAUCCCAGUAUGCUGAUUAUUUGGUUAUAAAUGUUUCAUCACCAAACACUCCUGGCUUGCGUAAACUUCAGGGGAGAAAACAACUAAAGGAUCUUAUUAAGAAGGUGCAAGCUGCUCGAGAUGAAAUGCAAUGGGGUGAAGAGGGCCCACCACCAUUGCUUGUGAAAAUAGCUCCAGACUUGUCUAAAGAGGACCUUGAAGAUAUUGCAGCAGUUGCUCUUACUCUCCGCUUGGAUGGAUUGAUAAUAUCAAAUACAACCAUUUCAAGACCUGAUACUGUGAGUAAGAACCCAGUGGCUGAGGAGUCCGGUGGCUUAAGCGGGAAGCCUCUUUUUAAUCUAUCAACCAACAUCUUGAAGGAGAUGUACCUUUUGACCAGGGGAAAGAUCCCUCUUAUUGGUUGUGGGGGUAUUAGCAGUGGUGAGGAUGCAUACAAGAAGAUACGAGCUGGAGCAACCCUUGUUCAGCUUUACACAGCCUUUGCCUAUGGAGGUCCUGCACUCAUUCCCCAUAUGAAGGCUGAGCUGGUGCAGUGCUUAGAAAGAGAUGGUUUCAAGUCCGUACGUGAAGCCAUUGGUGCAGAUUACAGAUAGUUGUAUCCUGGUUAUGCAUUUUAGCUGUGCAUGAGACCCACUCCACAUCCCUUUCAUAAUCAAGAGGCAUGCAUACCUACAAUUUGGAGCUUUUGGUCUUUGUUUAGUAUAUAUUUUUAGGGAGAAGGUUGUGGAUGCCGCCCGCUUUCCCCACCCCUAGUGGCUGUGCCCAAUGGGGAGGGUGGGACGAAGAGGCCAGGGUGUCAUUUCCAAUAGGGGUCCCGGAGGGGAGGGGGGAGACACAAGCUGGGCACACUGCCUGCGUGCCCAGUUUUUACUCAUUUUUAUUAUCAUAUUAAUUUUUUUCUCCCCCACUGCAAAAUGUUAAAAGUAGUUUGCCCUCCAAAUUUUGGAUUGGAUGCCUAAUUUUUUUUUUUCUUGUAAAGAAUGAUUGGAUAUCUAAUUUAUGUGCCAUUUCAGGGAUAGGGGAUCUUUUAGUAGAAGAGUCGAGGAUAUGGUGCCUGAAAAAGGCUUCCACAGCAAAUAUGCUGUAGUAGGCUAUGAAGGAAUGCUGUCUAGCGGUUCCUCAGAUCCCUCAAAUUCUCUGACCUUUAAUCAAGACCAUCAAAUAUUAUUUGUUAAAGAUCAAAUUCUCUUGUCACCUUCUUCAUUGUUCUACAUCUUUACUGCAUCCACACUGUGGCUGUUGACUAUUGUUAAUACCCCGACAUUUUGUAUCCCAUAUUUAGUUUUGUUCAGCAAAAGAAAAGAUUGAAGUUUCAGAGGGAUCA